ACAUGUUGAAAGAGAGGGUCGGGCUACAGAGAGGUCCUGCAUUAAAACGUCUGUCGCAGACUCCAGCCCUCCUCUCUGCAGCGCUGCCCAGGUCGUAGCACGCAGCCGGUAGCUUAAGCUUUCAGGGGACUGAACAAGACUAGGUUAACGGAUUUGUGGGACUCUUGCACGCUAAUCGCAUUCUAUACUGUUAAACGCCUGAAGAGAAGAUAAAAAAAAUGGCUAACUAUCAUAAACCCGACGAGAAAACACUGCAAGGCCUGAAGGAUAUUGCGAAUAAGUUGAGGAUUCACUCCAUCAGGGCGACAUGUGCAUCCAACUCUGGCCACCCCACCUCCUGUUGCAGUGCUGCUGAGGUCAUGGCUGUGCUGUUUUUCCGCACCAUGCGCUACAAAGCCUCGGACCCUCGCAACGCCUGUAACGAUCGGUUCGUCAUGUCCAAGGGUCAUGCUGCCCCGGUGCUGUAUGCUGCCUGGGUGGAGGCAGGGUUUGUGAACGAGGCGGAAAUCCUGAACCUACGCAAGAUUGACAGCGAUCUGGAGGGACACCCCACCCCCAAGCUGGAGUUUGUUGACGUGGCGACAGGGUCUCUGGGUCAGGGCCUGGGAGCGGCCUGUGGCAUGGCCUACACUGGGAAAUACUUUGACAAGGCCAGUUACCGGGUGUACUGCAUGCUGGGAGAUGGAGAGUGUUCCGAGGGCUCUGUGUGGGAGGCCAUGGCCUUUGCCUCCUACUACAACCUGGACAACUUGGUGGCCAUCCUGGACGUGAACCGGCUGGGGCAGAGUGAGCCCGCCCCCCUCGGGCACGACGUGGACACUUUCCGCCGCCGCUGCGAGGCUUUUGGGUGGAACACCUACGUGGUGGACGGCCAUGACGUGGAAGAGCUUUGCAAGGCCCUGUGGCAGGCCAAGCAGAUGAAGCGCAAGCCUACUGCCAUCGUGGCCAAAACAUUCAAGGGCAAAGGGCUCCGAGGGAUCGAGGAUGAGGAGAACUGGCACGGGAAGCCAAUUCCCUCGGACCGCGUUGAGGCUCUACUCGCUGACAUCCGGGGGCAGAUCCAGACCAACAAACCGCUGUACCCAGACCAGCCCGAGGAGGACGUCCCCGACGUCGACCUCUCCUACAUCCGCCUGCCCUCCCCGCCCGCCUACAAAAUCGGGGACAAGAUUGCGACUCGGCGAGCGUACGGUGUGGCUCUGGCUCGGCUGGGCCAGAACAGCUCCCGGGUGAUUGCUCUGGAUGCAGACACCAAGAACUCCACCUUCUCCGAGACCUUCAAAAAGGCCCAUCCAGACCGCUACAUCGAGUGCUUCAUCGCCGAGCAGAACAUGGUGAGUGUUGCCAUUGGAUGUGCAACACGUGAUCGCACAGUCCCGUUUGCCAACACGUUCGCCGCCUUCCUGUCUCGCACCUACGACCACGUCCGCAUGGCAGCCAUAUCCCAGUCCAACAUCAACCUGGUCGGCUCCCACUGCGGUGUUUCUAUUGGAGAGGAUGGACCAUCUCAGAUGGCGCUUGAGGACUUGGCCAUGUUCAGGGCCAUCCCCACCGCCACCAUCUUCUACCCCUCUGAUGGAGUCUCCACUGAGAGGGCUGUGGAGCUGGCUGCUAACACAAAGGGAAUCUGCUUCAUCAGGACGAGCCGCCCGGACACUCCUGUCCUGUACCGCUCUGAGGAGAAGUUUGAGGUCGGACAGGCCAAGGUGGUGAGGAAGUCAGACAGUGACAGGGUAACCGUCAUAGGUGCUGGAGUGACGCUGCACGAGGCCCUGACUGCAGCUGAUCAGCUGGCCAAGGAAGGCGUGAAUAUCCGGGUCAUUGACCCCUUCACCAUCAAACCCUUGGACUCGGCCACCAUACUCCUCAGCGCCAGGGCCACGGGGGGCAGAAUCAUCACUGUGGAGGAUCACUACAAAGAGGGUGGCCUCGGUGAGGCAGUGUGUUCCGCUCUGGGGGAGGAGCCUGGCAUUGUAGUGCAGCGAUUGGCUGUCACCGGCGUUCCGCGCAGCGGCAAGCCGCAGGAGCUGCUGGACAUGUUCGGCAUCAGCGCCAAGAGCAUCGUGGCCACCGUCCGGUCCACCCUUGCCAACUAAAGCCUGCUCACCCAAUCCCUGCGCUCUUUUCCGUUUCCUUUCCUGUUUCAGCUGUUUCAGCCCUGUUUCAGCCCUGUUUCAGCUCUGUUUCAGCCUGGUUGUUGUAGUUGUGUCCCCUUCUUCAAACGGUUGAGCGAGUGAGAGCAGCCCCGACCUCAGCAGGUGUAGAGCGAGCUGUAGUGGUGACAUCAUAACCCUGUGACAUCAUAACCCUGUGACAUCGUAACCCUGUGACAUCGUAACAGCAUAACCCUGCAUCGUUGGAGCAAUUUCCACUUCGCCCCACUCUUUACUUUAAUCUUGUCUAGUUCGAACCUUGCAUUCCUGUUCCUGUUUACAUUCCCAAACCAGUCCCCUGGGUGGCACUGCAUUCCCUCCAUUCUGUGGUGAGUUUUUUAGGAAAACAACUUAAUUGGGUUUGACCAGUACAAAUUAGCAUCUCUUUGUGCUAGAAGUAGAGUCGUGUGACUGGCCAAAUGGAGUCAGGGAGGGGGUGAGGGCAUGGGCAGAGCCUUGCCUCCUGCUCUGUGUCUCAUUGGCUAAGCCUAAUUCGGCUUCUCUUAACUUUUAACUUCCUAUGUUUCUUGUCUGCAUUAUUGUCGUGGUUUGUCUGAUUUUAACAUUCCUCUCGUUUGUAAAUGUAACAUUCCUUUUCUGUAGCUUUAGCUUGUGGGAAAACCAGGAGCCUCUGUACUCCCAAAUUCGGCUACAGUUGUGACCUUGCCGUGACCUUGCUUGUGCGUUUUAAACUUCCCUGUACAUGGUAGUUUUCAUAAGGCUAUUUGGAUAUAUUUUUAUUCUGUGCUUGUUCUGUCAGUUGUCUAUGGGAAAACAGCAAGGCUGAAUAAGUGGCAGACACGCACUUUAAAGUUUGUAAAGUUCAUUACCAAUGACAGUGUGUGAAUCUUAAACCUCUCAACAAUUAUUUUUGACCUUUAACCUUUCCAGCUUCCUGGUUUGAAAUGACACUACCUGGCUGUCUAUGGUUCUUAUGGUACAUGUGUGGAAUUUAGGAAAUGAUCACAUGUUUCUGAAACACAAUGAGCUGCUCCUCUUGCGAAAACAUGUCACACUUGUUUUGCCAUAGUUACAGCUUGUGAGUGAUAAAUUAAACUGAGUGGAGACUCCCGA